AUGCUGAGCAAGCGGAUGGAGGAGCUGGAGGAGGUGAGCAAGGAGCUGCUGAAGGUUCUGCUCUCCGACUGGGCCGACAACCUCCUGCGCCGCAGCCUGGACAAACGGAGCCGGAUGGACGACAAACUGCUGGCCUCGCAGGCCACGGCCGCCCAGCUCGUCAGAGCCGAAUACCCUGCUGUCCCCAGAAGCUCAGGCGGCCCGGAGAGACGUGUGGCGAAGACUCCGGAAAGGGAGAGCGAGCUCCAACGAUUGCUCCGGAGGCUGCAAGACCUGGAAGAGGAGCUGGUUCGGGCGCGGGAAGCCGGUGCCAGCCUGCAGGCCGGCAAUAGCGCCCUGCGACGGGAGCUGGAGGAGCUGCGGGAGGAGAGCCGGCGGCUGGAGGAGGACACGGAGCGGGAAGAGGACACCGUGCCCUCCACCACGUACGUGACGCAGCUCUACUACAAGAUCAGCCGCAUCGAUUGGGACUACGAGGCCGAGCCGGCGCAGAUCAAAGGCAGUGAGUGUCCCCCCCAUUCCCACUACGGCCCCGACAUCGCCCAGCCCAUCGACAUCGACGGCAGCCGCCAUUCCCGCUGCUUCGUCAGCGAUUACUUGUGGAGGCCUGGUCCGACGGACGUGGUCGGAUGCGGGGGAACAGGCACGGUGACGUACGAGAGAUGGGCGCACGCCAAUUGCCCCCCCCCUCGACCCCGCGUGAGGCGCAGGGGCGGCAGGCCAACAUCCCGGCCCCCCCCCCCCCUCGCCACGCGUUUACCCGCCGCCGUGGGGAAAAGGAGAAGGGAGGAGGGUGGGUAA